GCUCCUCCCGCCGUUGCUCCUGCAGCCGCAGUGACAGGCUAGCCGGGCCCGGUGGCGGAGAGGAAGUGCGGUCGCCGCGCAGAGCCUGUGCUCCUGAAGGCCGGCUUCCCGGGCAGCUCCGGAGACAGCGUCGCCGCCGCCGGCGCACGCCGGACACGCGCCGGGCCGAGCCCAGCGCCAGGCGGAGGCUGCAGCAGAGACUCGGGGAAAAUGGCUGAUGACUUUGGCUUCUUCUCGUCAUCCGAGAGCGGGGCCCCUGAGGCGGCCGAGGAGGACCCGGCUGCCGCCUUCCUGGCCCAGCAGGAGAGUGAGAUCGCGGGCAUUGAGAAUGACGAGGGCUUCGUGGCACAUGCUGGAGGCCAGGCGGCCCCCGCACAACCGGGACUCACGAGCCGGGCUAGUGCUGAGGACAUGGGGACCACGGUCAAUGGAGACGUGUUUCAGGAGGCCAACGGGCCUGCAGAUGGCUAUGCUGCUAUCGCCCAGGCGGACAGGCUGACGCAGGAACCCGAGAGCAUCCGCAAAUGGAGAGAGGAGCAGAAGAAACGGCUGCAGGAGCUCGAUGCUGCCUCUAAGGUGACGGAACAGGAGUGGCGAGAGAAGGCUAAAAAGGACCUAGAAGAAUGGAACCAGCGCCAGAGUGAGCAAGUGGAGAAGAACAAGAUCAACAACCGGAUUGCUGACAAAGCCUUCUACCAGCAGCCAGAUGCUGACAUCAUCGGCUACGUGGCAUCUGAGGAGGCUUUUGUGAAGGAAUCCAAGGAGGAGACUCCAGGCACUGAGUGGGAGAAGGUGGCCCAGCUGUGUGACUUCAACCCCAAGAGCAGCAAGCAAUGCAAAGAUGUGUCUCGCCUGCGCUCAGUGCUCAUGUCCCUGAAGCAGACACCACUGUCCCGUUAGGUGCCUGCCUGUGGAAGCAUGGCCACAAAGCAUGGGCAGGGCAGGGCAGAAGAGGGGCAACUGCUUCGGGAGGGGGGGGAGACACACCACUCCAGCAGCUGCUACCUACAGCCUAUUCUGUUCCUCCUCAUCUCCUGGGGCUGGGAAGGGGACCCCUCACCCUUCACCCUCAUCUCCUGCUGGCACUAUGGCCCAGACCCUCACGCCUCCUGUCAGUUCACUCAAUUGUGACUGUCCCUUCUGAUGUAUUUUUUCUUGGCUUAAAGGGUGUGUUGUUAAGUUUUUUUUACACUUAUUAUCAUUCUCAUUCUCUGGAAGCCA